AUGAGAGGAGCAGAUAUAAAUACUACUCACUACCUGGUAAGAGGAUAUGUAUCUAUUAAGCUUAAGUGUCCACAGAAAAGAAAGAAGCGUGUAAGACAGCCUGCUUUAGAGAACUUGCGUGAUAGAUCUAAGAGCCAGGAAUAUAGUAACAAAAUAGCUGAAAAAUACUAUACCAACGAUCAGGAGCUUGGAAACUCUCCUUUAGAAGAACAAUGGAAGAAAUUGAGAGGCAUUAUAACUGAUAUCUCGUUUGAAGUUCUGGGUGAAAGGGGCCGGAAAAAGAGAACAGAACAUCUCUCAAAGGAUACUAAGAAUCUCCUAAAAGAACGAGGUGAGAUUAAAAAGAAACUUAGUACUGCUGAGAAUCGUGCUAAGUACUCGCAGAUUAACGGUCUUGUUAGGCAGAACUGUAAAAGAGAUGAUAAUGCCUGGGCUGUUAGAGUAGCUGAGGAAUUGGAAGAGGCUGCCAAGCAGGGUCAACAAAGAGAUGUUUGGCAGAAAAUAAAAUCCCUUACAAACAAGAGAGUAAACAGAUCUGCGGCAGUGCGGGAUAAGAAUGGGACACUUAUAUCAGAUCCCGAAGCUCAGUCACAUCGCUGGGCUGAAUAUUUUGAAGAACUCUUGACGCCAGCAGCAGAUGCGGUGGAUUUCUCUCUAUUGGAUGAGGACGAAAAGGUACUUUCUUUUGAAUAUCUUAGUAAUGAUGAUGAGCCACCGUCCUUGUUUGAAAUUGAGGAAGCUAUCAAGAAGUUGAAGAACUACAAAAGUGCUGGAAUUGAUGAAAUUUCAAUUGAGCAGUUAAAGUACGGUUCUCCUGGACUUCUGCCUUGGUUAAAAGAUUUGUUUGAAACUGUAUGGAAAAGUGAGGAUAUUCCUAGUGAUUGGAGGAAAGGAAUCAUCACCAUCAUCCCAAAGAAGGGGACCUCACAUAUUGCAACAACAACAGAGGGAUAA